AGCAUCAGAACUGAUUAUUGUUGUUUGACUUUUUCUGGAAAGAAAACGAAGACGGAAAGGAUAUGUUCAAGUUCUUGUAGACUUGUCGUAGACCGAUUUGGCUAUUCCUUAGUGCUAGUUGAAGGCAGACGUCGUUCUCAGCUAAAAUCUGAUCCCUGCUGACGCACGAGGCUGUGGCUGCAUGCAGAAUGGCGGAAGGUGGCCAUGAUGGAGUUCGAUUCUAUUGCCAUACGUGCAAGGAAGAUAUUGAGGCACGCCAAACUGAAGAGGCUUCUAUCCGCGAUGUGCUUGUAUGCAAACCCGGCUUUUAUCCGCGACUUUACGGAAUUGCUGUGCCCACAGUGUAAUGGUGGCUUUGUAGAAUGCAUGGAGGCUGCUAAUGCAGACAGUGUACCCGCAUCUGCAUCAGGCAGAGGAGCUACUGCUUCUGCGUCCGGUGGUGGUGGUGAUGCUAGCUCAUCGGAUGAAGAUGUCAGUUCUCUACCGGGUCUGUUGAACUUCAUGUCGCCAUCACGUGUUGCUCAGCAGAGCCACACGUCACGCCGUGGUAGAAACCUGGAUCACAACUACUAUCAGGAGCAGAUGCCCGGUGAGGGGACACAUGUCUUGUCGGCUGCUGAAGGCCCCGUAGAGGUUCAUCCAGCCAUUGAAGCGCUGGUAUCCCAUCUUCCUGUUUCAGUCCACGUGCAACCGAACGGUCAGCAAGUGUAUGUCCACGGACAUCAUGUUGGAUUCGGCAGCGAUGGGCCUAUCCAUCCCAUGGCAAGUCUUAUGAACAUGAUGUUCCAAGGUCCUCACAUGGGCGGCAUGGGCAAUAUGGGUGGAAUGGGUGGUGCAAUGCCUAUGGCUGGGCAAAUGGGUGAUUACGUCUUUGGACAGGGAGGUCUGGACGCUGUCAUUUCACAGCUGAUGGAUUCGAUGGAUGGACCUAGACCAGUUCCUGUCAGCCAAGACGUAAUAGCUGCGUUGCCAAGAGUGCCUAUAUCUAAAGCUGACCAAGAGAAGCAAUCAUCAUGUUCCGUGUGCUUUGAUGAGUUUGAACUGGCCGAGGAGACGAUUCAGCUACCCUGCUCUCACUCCUUUCAUCCCAACUGUAUCCUACCCUGGCUGGAACAGCACAACACGUGUCCGGUGUGUCGCAAGACUGUCGACGGCCAACCAGAGCCCACCACCGCGGAGCAGUCAGCAGCAGCAACACCUUCUGCCAGCACGAGUGCUGCAGCCACGGGCGGUGUUGCAAGCAGGGUCACAGCGACCAGCGCUACUGGCUCUGCAACAGCAGCAGCAGCAAGUGGGCAUAGCAGUAGCCGACAGCAGCCUGCAGCAGCUGGUGCCACGGCUGCAGCGUCAGGCCCGCAGUCUUUGCCAGCGUCGGCGUCAGCUACCUCUUCAAGUCCGGAUGAUACACAGACGUUGAUAGACUCAGUUGCUCAGAAUGUCAAUGCGCUCUUCGGUCGCCUGGGGCCGGGUUACUUUGGUUCUGCAACACAGAGACCAUCGCAAGCGGGGUCGCAGCAGACACGGUCACAGACAUCAUCGCAAGCGGGGUCGCGGCAGACACGGUCACAGACCACAGCCGCUGACCAACAGUCAUCCAGCGUCGAUCCGGAACCCAGCGAGCAAAAUGCCGAGGACACCUAAGCACGGCAACUGAACUCUGGUGUGGAAAGGAACAUUAAGUCUUGUAGGCGUGAUGUGAACCCACUUUCUCUCUCUUGUUGUUAGCCUCCCGUGUGUCCAAGUAGAUUUUUACCCCUCUCGCUUGAUAGUAAGUGUGAGGCCAGUCUUGUUUGGUGUCAUCCAUGAUCAGCUCAUGAUGUCCUAUCUUCUGACCGCAGCAGCAGCAGCAUCGCCUGUAUUGUUUAGUCCUUGCUGCCAUGACAAUCGGCAAACGUGCCCUUGGAUGCCUGGCGCCAGUGCCUGGCAUGCGUAUGCCGUUCACUGCGCUAGCAUACAUGGUAGAUGCACGUGUGCUGUCACGGCAGCAAGCUAGCUCUUCGUGCCAUCUACGGCAGCACUAGCACUUGCUUGAUCGGCUGCUGUCCAGUGUGCGGCGGCGAUGGCUGCAUCCCUGAACAGGUAGUAUCUUCUUCGGGUCCAACACGUUCCCUCCGGCUCAGUGUACCGCAGACCGAAUAACAUGCGAGACCACAUGCGCUCGCUGGUGCACGCACGUGCAUUCCAAUUAGUUUCUUACGAGAAGACAUUGGCCGAGUCAGGCCGGACGUUUUUUAAUGUACAUACGCGUCCUUGUACGUAGCUGUUCCUCUGCACAUACUAUACCAUGCAUAUCCAGAAAAGCUCUUCUUGUCGUUUUACCGCCUGCCGGCUACGGUCAUAUUCAGUGUCUGAGCAAUAUCGCCAUGUGUCACUAUCUUAACUUAUGUACAGAUCUGCUCUCUGUGGGUGUAACGUUGCCGUCCUCCCUCCCUCCCUGCCGAGUCUCUUGUUUUAUUCCCCCUGCGCGCUCGUGCACGUAACCUGUUUCCUAGCUCAUGAUUACUCUUUCGCCGUACGUGUGUGGUCUAUUUAAACCUUGCUUGUCAGUUUACCGGGUAGGACGUGUACUGCUGUCACCCGGCGGACUACGAACCGUGAGAGAUGGUGCGUCCUCGGCUGUGUGGCACGCCUGUAUCUGUUCAAAUGUGCCCUGUCCCUACUUGUCUUUGUCCAUACUGCGUGGCCUUUUUUCUUCCUUUUUUAUGCUGCCAGUCAGUGUCUGUAGAUUAUAUAUCUAUUACGAUAUGCGCUUGCUGCAUGUGUACGUAAUCUAUUACGAUAUGCGCUUGCUGCAUGUGUACGGCCACUGUUGUGUUCGGAUUUUAUCGAGAUGUUUUCCUCGCAUCAUCUUAUUCCGAGGGAGUUGGAAUUCCCAAGUCGCCGCGGCCCGGCGUUGCGUUUCUAUUAUUAAUUGUGUGCCUGUUGCAAGACGAUGGUCAUCAUCUGGUUGCGUCGCUGCACAAGCAAGCUA